UGACAAACCCUAACUGCGAAACGCAUACUACAAUUAGAAGAAGAAAGUUCGAGAGACAGAGCGAGAGCGAGGAAACCUUUUGCACAGUAUCAAUGGCAGCCCCUAACUCGAAUUCCGACAAGGCCAGAGCUUCAACAUCUCAUCUCAUUAACUCUCAUCAGUUCUUCGUAUGGAGAGAAUUCCUAUGGGGAGCUAUUGCCGGUGCCUUUGGGGAAGGAAUGUUGCAUCCAAUUGAUACUGUAAAGACCAGGAUUCAAAGUCAAUCCAUUAUUAGUGGGCGUCAGAAUCAGAAAAACAUAUUACAGAUGGUCCGGACAGUCUGGGUCACUGAUGGGCUAAGAGGUUUUUAUAGAGGAAUAACUCCUGGGGUUACUGGAUCUCUUGCAACUGGAGCGACAUAUUUUGGUGUCAUUGAGUCUACCAAGAAGUGGAUUGAUGAAAAACACCCUAGCCUUGGGGGCCAUUGGGCGCAUUUCAUUGCUGGAGCUAUUGGAGAUACUCUUGGCUCUUUUGUAUAUGUUCCAUGUGAAGUCAUGAAGCAACGCAUGCAGGUCCAAGGUACUAGAAGAUACUGGAGUUCUGUUGUCAUGAAUAACAGACCUGGCAUGCAAAUGUAUGGCUAUUACUCAGGGAUGUUUCAGGCUGGCUCUUCAAUAUGGAAGGAGCAGGGUCUAAAGGGAUUAUAUGCAGGAUACUGGUCUACACUUGCAAGGGAUGUGCCAUUUGCUGGUCUAAUGGUUACCUUCUAUGAGGCCCUAAAAGAUUUGACAGAAUAUGGGAAGAGGAAGUGGAUCUCUAGUUCAGGUUACCAUAUAAAUAGUUCUCUUGAAGGACUUUUGCUGGGAGGAUUAGCUGGUGGAUUUAGUGCGUAUCUUACGACUCCCUUGGAUGUUGUCAAGACAAGAUUGCAGGUGCAGGGAUCAACUCCGAGAAUGUGCAGGACAUUCUUCCUUGAGAAAUUUGACAAGAUUCAGCACGGUGAGAUAAAACAACAUUUUCUGCUGCCAACACUUGAAAUCCGUGCCAUUGAAUUUCUCAGGCUUCUCAUGUUGGGCUGCGGAAGGCAUGAUGAAUGGAGUAACACCAGGAACUGAUUUGUUCCCCUCACUAGGUGGCACACUUGAACUAGCCAUAAUGCUUGCAAAUAAUAACAAGUACACAGUAAAAGAUUGCAAUAGAAAAAGAAUUUAUGUCUUAAGAUUGUUGGAAUAAAAACUGCAUUUGACUAGAAUAAUAUGCACAUUAACAGCAAAACGGAAACACAAUUGUAUAAUGAAAAGAGAUUUGAAAAAGAACAUAGAAUCGGAUUGAAGUGAGGUAUGUUGAAGCAAAUCUCUUUAAGACAGAUUUCGCCCCCUCAAUGGUACUAAAGAACCCAUGGGUGUCUGUCUCCCAAGAUAUAACACUUUUUUCAAGAAUUAGUACAACACUAUAUUAACCUUGAUAGGCAAAACCAAACUUGGUAGUACUCUUUUUGUUGAUUGGAGGAAAGAGAUUAGAAUCUCACACUUGACAAUAAUUGACUUUUAUAUAAAGGAAGAAUAUUGGAGGAGGAAAGAAAGAAAUCAAUUUACUUGAAUUGAUUUUUGGAUGGAGAAAAUGGAAUAUGGAGGGUUCUAUUUAUAGUUUCCAAGUGUCCAAUUGUGAAAUGUCAUGUUACUUGACCCAUUUCCAAGUGUCUAAUUGUGAAAUGUCAUGUUGUUUGACCUAAUUUAAUCUUGAUCUUUAUAUUGCAUUCUUUCAUAUUUAGGCACGACUGAACAGUCUAGAUUGCACAAUCUGGCGAAGGUACAUAUUUCUUUCCCUGCACCUUUCACAUCUAAAUAGACAUGUCCACUCACCCGUGUCUCGUAUGAACAGCCGCGUCUAAUCUUGGAGACCUUUUCAAUUCACAUAUUUAAGACCCAUUAAUUUCAAUAAUAUGUUCUUCACAAACUCGCUUCAGUGAGGUCUUUUGCAUAGCUGUCAAGAUUGUUAUCAAGCAUUGCCCAUUUCCUCCCUCCUAUCGCUGUGCUCAUUUGUUGUAUGAUACCUCCACUUAUUCUUUCCCUCUUCAGUGUAGCAAAAGCUAACUGUUGAGUUGCGUAGUUAUUCUUGUUUUCCUUCCUCUCUUUAUACACACAAACAGCACAGUUGGACCCUCCUUUCAGAUGUGUUUCUCUGCUAGUGCCACGAGGGCUGAGUUCUCCAACUUAAUAGUCGGGGGUCAAUUGGAUGAAGAUUGCCAUUUGGUGAACUUAGUAUGGCAGUUUGGACUGCAUGAAGGUGGUUGUAAAAGAAGAAGAAGAAAUGUAAAGAGUCCCUAAGCAACUGUAUUGGUUGUUCCAAUGUUUCGGGCAUUGAAUUUUUCUUUUUCUCAUAUUUGCUGAAAAAGAGA